GCGACGCGCCAGGAAGCGCCCGCAGCACUCUGGCUGCCCGGCCCCUCUGCUGGUGGCUGGGAGAAGUUAGUCACCGGGAGCCCUAACCCGGCGAGCGCUGGAGCGCGCAAACCCGGGACUGGGGAGGGAAGAAACUCGGUACCGGGACCGCUGGGAGGAGGCGAGAGGAGCGCGGGACCUAGAAACGCCAGGGAAGCCGAAAGUGCUUCGCUGGUGCAUGGAGUUGCAAGGUCUACGACGCCGGAGCGCACGGGCGUGGAGAGGGGAAAAAGUUGCGGCAGGAACUUCCUACCGAGGGAAAGAAAAGCAGGAGAGAAGGAGGCAGGGAAAGACUUGAAAUGUCUCAGUAACUUUAAAAACACACCAAACACCCCUUCAGAAGAUGAGGAUGGCAUGCCGCUAUAAAUUCAUUGUUCCACCUCCUCGCAUCUUCACAGCGCUCGCGCUGCUCUCCACGCUCGCAGCGGCAGACUGGGGAUGACGGCGGGCAGGACGACACCGCAUCCGAAGGGACACGGACGCGCCGCUUCACUGGCUCGCCGCAGGCCGCCCCUUGCAUUUUUUUGGUUUUAAUUUUUAGGGCUUUUCUCUCCCUCUCUUUUUUCUCCUCUUCCUGGUUGCAUUAGAGUCAAGGACACCCACAAAAUAAAAAGAAAGUGGGCUCCGGAGCUUGGAAUCCCCGCUGCCAAAGGGUCCGGGGCAGCGAGGGGGCGGAAGACAGAGCGCACCAGUUGCCCGCCGGGUGCGCGGCACCUUCCUUACGCCCCUUGGUGCAGCGAUCGUGGCUGCAUUUGGGAAGGACUUAGUGUUUUUUUUCCCCCUUUUUCUCGUAUUUGCUGAAUCUCUCCAAUCCGGCUUUUCUCUUUUUAAUUUUUUCCCCUCUUUCCGGAGCACGAAUCCAAACAUUUUCCAAACCAACAAAGAAAAGUUCGCACGCUGGCACCGUGGCCUGGACAGGCUGGCGUUGCAGCUGGGUCCCCCUCCCUCCGACUCUUGACUCAACUUGCAAGCAAGUGUGUGUGUGUGUGUGUGUGUGUGUGUGUGUGUGUGUGUGUGCCCCUACCUCCCGCCCCGGUAACUUCCAUAGCGAAUAACAAAUACCCAUAAAGUCCCCGCCGCGCAGCCCCUCCCCGCGGGCAGCGCACUAUGCUGCUCGGGUGGGCGUCCCUGCUGCUGUGCGCGCUCCGCCUGCCCCUGUUCGCGGCCGGCCCCGCCGCGGCACCUGCCCAGGAUAAAGCCCGGCAGCCCCCGGCUGCUGCAGCGGCCGCCCAGCCCCGCCGGCUGCAAGGGGAGGAGGCGCAGGAGCGGGCCGAGCCUCCCGGCCACCCGCACCCCCUGGCGCCGCAGCGCCAGAGCAGCGGGCUCGUGCAGAACAUCGACCAGAUCUACUCCGGUGGCGGCAAGGUGGGCUACCUGGUCUACGCGGGCGGCCGGAGGUUCCUCCUGGACCUGGAGAGAGAUGGUUCGGUGGGCACCGCUGGCUUUGUGCCCGCAGGAGGCGGGCCGAACGCGACCCGGCGCCACCGGGGCCACUGCUUCUACCGCGGCACGGUGGACGGCAGCCCUAGAUCCCUGGCUGUCUUUGACCUCUGCGGCGGUCUGGACGGCUUCUUCGCUGUGAAGCACGCGCGCUACACCCUGAAGCCAAUGCUGCGCCGGUUCCGGGCUGAGGCUGAGGCUGGGCGCGUGUACGGGGAUGGAUCCGCGAGGAUCCUGCACGCCUACACCCGCGAGGGAUUCAGCUUUGAGGCCCUGCCACCGCGCACCAGCUGCGAGACCCCCGCGUCCCCACCAGGGCCCCGCGAGCGCCACCCGCGACAUGGCAACGCUGACCGACGCUGGACACUGGCUCCGCAGUUCCUGGACCAGUCGACUCCCUCCUCCGAAGGGGGCCAGGGACCACAGACCUGGUGGCGGCGGCGGCGCCGCUCCAUCUCCCGGGCCCGCCAGGUGGAGCUGCUCCUGGUGGCUGACACGUCCAUGGUGCAGAUGUAUGGCCGGGGCCUGCAGCAUUACUUGCUGACCCUGGCCUCCAUCGCCAACCGCUUGUACAGCCACGCCAGCAUCGAGAAUCACAUACGCCUGGUCGUGGUGAAGGUGGUGGUGCUGGGCGACAAGGACAAGAGCCUGGAGGUGAGCAAGAACGCGGCCACCACGCUCAAGAACUUUUGCAAGUGGCAGCACCAGCACAACCAGCUUGGGGAUGACCAUGAGGAGCACUAUGAUGCGGCCAUCCUGUUUACUCGCGAGGACUUGUGUGGGCAUCAUUCAUGCGACACCCUAGGAAUGGCAGACGUUGGGACCAUAUGCUCCCCGGAGCGCAGCUGCGCGGUGAUUGAAGACGACGGCCUCCACGCCGCUUUCACUGUGGCUCACGAAAUUGGACAUCUGCUUGGCCUCUCCCACGACGAUUCCAAAUUCUGCGAAGAGAACUUCGGUUCCACAGAAGAUAAACGCUUGAUGUCUUCCAUCCUCACCAGUAUCGAUGCAUCCAAGCCCUGGUCCAAAUGCGCGUCGGCCACCAUCACAGAAUUCCUGGAUGACGGCCAUGGUAACUGUUUGCUGGACCUGCCUCGCAAGCAGAUCCUGGGCCCUGAGGAGCUCCCAGGACAGACCUACGAUGCCACCCAGCAGUGCAACCUGACCUUCGGUCCCGAGUACUCCGUGUGCCCGGGCAUGGACGUCUGCGCCCGCCUGUGGUGCGCCGUGGUGCGCCAGGGCCAGAUGGUGUGUCUGACCAAGAAGCUGCCAGCUGUGGAGGGGACGCCCUGUGGGAAAGGGAGGAUUUGCCUGCAGGGCAAGUGCGUGGACAAAACCAAGAAAAAAUACUAUUCGACCUCAAGCCAUGGCAACUGGGGGUCCUGGGGGUCCUGGGGCCAGUGUUCUCGCUCCUGUGGAGGAGGAGUGCAGUUUGCCUAUCGUCACUGCAAUAACCCGGCACCCAGAAACAGUGGCCGCUACUGCACGGGAAAGAGGGCCAUCUACCGUUCCUGCAGCGUGACGCCCUGCCCCACUAACGGCAAGUCUUUUCGGCAUGAGCAGUGUGAGGCCAAAAAUGGAUAUCAGUCUGAUGCAAAAGGAGUCAAAACAUUUGUGGAGUGGGUCCCCAAGUAUGCCGGUGUCCUACCAGGGGACGUGUGCAAGCUGACCUGCAGAGCCAAGGGCACCGGCUACUACGUGGUGUUUUCUCCCAAGGUGACCGAUGGAACCGAAUGCAGGCCCUACAGUAAUUCCGUCUGCGUCCGGGGGAAGUGUGUGCGCACCGGCUGUGAUGGCAUCAUCGGCUCAAAGCUGCAGUACGACAAGUGUGGCGUGUGCGGCGGGGACAACUCCAGUUGCACGAAGAUUGUUGGAACCUUCAAUAAAAAAAGUAAGGGUUACACUGAUGUUGUGAGGAUCCCAGAAGGGGCAACCCACAUAAAAGUCCGACAGUUCAAAGCCAAAGACCAGACUAGAUUCACUGCCUACUUAGCCUUGAAGAAGAAAAACGGUGAGUACCUUAUCAAUGGAAAGUACAUGAUCUCCACUUCGGAAACAAUCAUUGACAUCAAUGGAACAGUCAUGAACUACAGCGGCUGGAGCCACAGAGAUGACUUCCUGCAUGGGAUGGGCUACUCCGCCACAAAGGAAAUUCUAAUCGUGCAGAUCCUUGCUACAGACCCAACUAAAGCACUAGAUGUCCGUUACAGUUUUUUUGUUCCCAAGAAGUCCACUCAAAAAGCAAACUCAGUCACCAGCCAUGGCAGCAAUAAAGUGGGAUCACACACAACACAACUGCAGUGGGUGACGGGCCCGUGGCUGGCCUGCUCCAGGUCCUGUGACACAGGCUGGCACACCCGGACGGUGCAGUGCCAGGAUGGAAACCGGAAGUUAGCCAAGGGAUGUCUUCUCUCUCAGAGGCCUUCUGCCUUUAAGCAAUGUUUGCUAAAGAAAUGUUAGCCUGUGGUUAUGCUCUGAUGCAGAGAUAACUGGAUGAUUGAUCGCUGAUCAGUCGUGCUGAACGGGAGGCCCACCUACAGCACAGAAAGUCACCCUUCAGUGUCAUUGUCAACAGGAGUCCAAUUAUGGGCAGAAUCUGCUCUCCAAGACCAAAUGAAGAAGUGCACUAUUCCAUGUGACAGUGGCGACCCUGGAAUAUAGAAGAACUUGGGAGUUUGCAAACAUCCCCUGGGCCUACGAGAAUGGAAAACACUGAUGAAUGUAGAAUCAGGCGACAUUUGACAACAGAAGAACAACCGUCUCCCUCUUGUCACCUACCUCUUACAGAAUGUCUUCAAAGGCAUUGUAACCAUUUUCACCCACAAUACACAGUAGCUUCUUUUUACUGUUUGUAAAUACAUUCUCCCUUGGUAUGUCACUUUAUAUCACUUGGUUCUAUUAAAAAUAUCUAUGUGUAUAUAAAUAUAUAUAUUUCUAUAAAAAAAAAGUGUUUGACCAAAGUAGGUCUGCAGCUAUUCCAACUCCUUCCAGUUUCUGGAAAGAGCUGUGGAUGUUUUACUGGAAAUUAAGAUCUUGCUGCUGUUAUUAAUAACACUUAGUAAACUUUCAGACAACAGGAGAUAAAAUUUUAGUCAAAAACUAUUUUGACAGCAAGCAUCUUCUGAGAAGUUUUGAAAAGGAAAAGGAUCUCAGUGUAUCUCGACAUUUAAAUACAUACACGGGUCUGUAGCAUUUGACAGCCUGCAUUUUUUCAGGCAGCCAGCCAAAUUAAUGCAUAACUAGGUCGUAGAAUUAGUGUUUGCGUGUGUGUGCAUUGUUGGUGUUCAAAAGUCUAACAAUUACUUUCCUUGUGUUGAAAUUUAAAAGGAAAAAAAAACAUACUUAACUGCAUUUUCCAUUUCUGUUUUCAUGGUUGCUUUCCCAUUCUAUGACUGUCAUCUGAUAUCUCACAAUGUGUAAUACACACAGCAAAGAGUUUUCCAAUCACGUUCAACACUCUAAAUACUGGUACACCUCUUACCAGCAAGCCUUUAAAAUGUGUUUGUUUUCGCUUGUUUGUUUGCUUUGUUAAAGGGUUCUAUAAGACCUACAAGGUUUUCUACUUCUUGUUGACUUAGUGUAAUGGGAGUAUUAGAGACCAUUUGGUAGUUAGCCACUUCUAGAAGUGAUUAUUGUUAAUGUGGUUAGUGCAAAAAAAAAAGGUUAUUCAUAAGACUGUUUCCACACCAUACAGGCAAUAAUUCCUUGCGUUAAAAAACUAUCCAAGUACACUGAUAGUGCACUUAAGAUUUUUCCCAAGUAGAAAGCAUUUGGUUGUACCAGUAAGUGUUUGAGUGAUGAAAUAUGAUGAUUUUUGAGAAGUUUGUUACCUUUAUUUCCAUAGUCUGUCUAAGUAGGUUGUAAGUUUGAAUAGUUAGGCAUAGAAAAUUUGUGCCAUAAUAUGCCUAAAAAUCUCUUUUUAGACAGUAAACUGUAUGCCUUCACCCCACAGUUCAGAAAAUAUAAGGUGUUUUGUUUCAUUGGGAUUUCUUUUCCUUUGUGAAACAUCACAAAGCUAAUUGUUUUUAUAAAAUUGUAUAAUAAUCAUACCAAAUGUGCCUAUUGUAAAGAUUUGCAUAUAAGAAUGUUAGGGGACCAUUGUUUGAGUUCCCUUAAGCUCAUGAGAGUUUAUUUUUAUUAUGAGAUAUUUUUAAUAUAAAAGAACUAUGUAAUUCAUCUUGCUAUAUCACAUUCAUUUCAGUGGGCCAGGAGAAUGGAUGUCUCACUGUUUUAAGUAUUUUCUUAAGAAAUUAUUUGGUAAAACAAACAAUUAUUUUACGAAACUGAUAAUCAUCUUUUGGAUUUUUAUACACUGACUUCGCUGGAGAGGUGGUCAUUUUUCUCUCAAUAAAUUAUCAGUUAGAAAAACGAAGUCUGUACAAGACUGGUAACCUACUCUUGAUGGAGGAGAACCAGGUAUCAGGGCUGGGGACAGAGCUAUUCAAAUUGGUCAAGAAAAAAUUAAAUUUACAACUGAUAAUUUGACUAUGCAGAGAAAAUUAUUAGAGAGGCCAACAUUAUCUUUUCCAAUUUUCAAAAUAAUUUAAUCAAGUAAUCCAAUUAUGACCGAGUUUUAUUUUAUCUUUUGUGGAUAUAUUGAAGGCAACAUUAAAAAAUAAUUAAAGAGCAAACAUGAUGGUCUCCUAUUCUGCUUCUCUAUGCUUGAUUCAUAGAUUUUUAAUAUGAUUUAUCAAUGAUUCAUUUCCCCCCAAAUAAUGAAGUUUUACCCUUUGCAUUGGAACAAUCCUAGAGAGCUUAUAAUGAAUAAACCACUAUUCCAUGCUUUUAAAGAAUUUUCUUUAAUUUUUUGGUGUUUUCUAUUUUUGUAUGAGUAUCAAUAGAUUGACCAAGGAAUGUAUGUCUAAACUCCUGAGAAAAGUGAUAUAGACUGGAAACUGAAAUUCAGAGAAACUGAUGUAAAUAUAAAGAAUGAUAAGCAAAGGAAAAAUCCUCUAUAACAAAAAUGUAAUUCAGUCCAGCUUGAUUUUGGACUAUUCCUUCUACCUUUACGUAGUUGCACCUUGAAUAAAAAGUCUAGGAUUCAUGCUCAGGUUAGUAAGAAAUUAACCUCACAAAACUAAACACUCCAGGUUAAGUUUAAUUAAAUACAAUGGAAGCCCCCCAAAAUAGCACUUACUUCUUCUAGAAGAGAAAAGAUCAAAGAAAUUAAGUUCUGCUUUGUUGUUUAGGGAUUUAGGGGCAUUGUUGUAAUUUAUUCAACAAAUUCAACUUAUUUUGCCUUCCUGUGGAAACAGUUUUAUUUCAUUAAACUAAGAAUUAAGGGAUUAAUCACAAACAAAAAGUUGCAGCACUGAAAAAAAUAAUUUAUUGUCUUUUGCAACUGGUAUGUGAACUUGUGUGAUAAAGCUAUUUAUUCUUAUUUAACAAAAAUAUGUGCAAAUUCUAUAUUUAAAAUGUUUUGCUGUUGUCCUACCUUUUAAUUUAUGCUUCAUGUUUGUGGAUAAAGUACACUUUGUGAGUUUACAUGAUAUAUAGCACUGUUUGCUUUUGUAUUUUUUUACAAAAAGCUUUCUGUGUGAAACAGGCAUAUAUGUAUAUAUUCCUCAUGUAUCCUUGUUCUGAUACUGUAGUUUUCCUUUCUGAGGAAGCGUUUAACUUAAUCUAUCAUGACUAUUAGUACCCAUUAAUCCUAAUUUUUUCAAGCCGCAGAUAAGAAAAGCACUUAUUCAAACAACUGUGGUCCAAGUCUUAAACCUGGGCACGCAGAGAGCCUGGCAGGCCGUUGAAGCUCAGGCACAGUUGAGAAUCAGGUCUAUUCCUUGCCCUGAUACACUUGGACAAAGAGCUGUUGAUGGAGUAUGUGAAAACUGCAAGUGAUAUCAAUUAUAAUAAAACCAAAUAUUGUCUUUGGCUGCUUU